AUUAAUUAAAAGCAAAUUGUGAUAAUUAAAUUUGUGAUUUAUUCGCUACAAAAAAGUUAAGAAAAUAAAUAAACUGAAAUAUAAAAUGGUAACAGGAGUCGCGGGUCCAAAUAUGACAGCCAACGUUAUUGGAACGCCGGUUGCAGCACUAAGGGAACAUGCGCCAACAGUUAAAAGCGAUCGACGGUCGAACAAACCGAUUAUGGAAAAACGCCGACGCGCUCGCAUUAACAAUUGCCUAAACGAGCUGAAAACACUCAUACUCGACGCCACAAAGAAAGACCCCGCGCGUCACUCUAAGCUCGAGAAGGCUGAUAUUUUGGAGAAGACUGUUAAGCAUUUGCAAGAGCUGCAACGUCAACAGGCCGCCAUGCAACAAGCUGCCGACCCAAAAAUUAUUAAUAAAUUCAAAGCUGGAUUUGCCGAUUGCGCCAACGAGGUCAGUCGUUUUCCCGGUCUCGAUCCAGCUGUUAAACGUCGCCUCCUCCAGCAUCUCAGCAAUUGUAUUAAUGGCGUCAAAUCGGAGUUACAUCAGCAUCAACGUCAAAUGGCAAGCGCCGCGUCGUCCGCACAAAUGCUGCCCUCACCACCCAGCUCACCCGAGCAAGAUCCACAUCAUUUGCAACAACAGCAACAUGUCGCUGCCGCUGCUGCCGCCGCCGCUGUUGCUGCUGCUGGCGGUGCUGGUGCACAUCCCUUCCUUAUGGGUGCACAAUUGCAACACACAAUGAAUGGGUAUUUUUUGCCCAACGGUCUUCAGGUGAUACCUACUAAGCUACCAAAUGGCAGUAUAGCGCUUGUUUUGCCACAGCAGCAGCAACAACUGCAACAGCAACAACAACAUCAUCAACAGCAGCAGCAACAGCAGCAUGCAGCGCAGGCGCAACAACAAGUCAUACAUAUGCAGCAGCAGCAACAACACCAACAACUGAGCGCCGCACAAGCCGCUGCACUGAUAUCUAUGCCCAGCCGCACUGCCUCAACGAGCUCGGCAUCAUCGCACAGCUCCUCCGUAUAUGAGCGCACACUCUGCUCCCCGGCCAACAGUGUUACGCAUUACGCGCCACCAAGCCCCGCCAAUUCGUAUGAGGCUAUGGACUGCAAACCCUCUGUUAUACAGCAUGCGCCUACACUAUCUCAACAACAGCAGCAGCAGCAACAACAACAACAACAACAACAAAAUCAACAACCACUUUCAUUGGUGAUCAAAAAGGACAUUAAAGUAGAGGACGAACAACCUUGGCGUCCAUGGUGAGCGGUAGCGCCAACGUAUGGUGAAACUGGAAAAUGUCACUUUUUUCCGUUGGGAAAAAUGCGACAGAUGUGAUGUACACCAAAGGUGCCGGGGCGGGGGUAUACUAGUAAAGGGUUGCUGGCGUUGAAGAGAGGCUUUUGAAAGUCAUUGGCAGCGGAAGCUUAUGCCAGGCAGACAUUGGUAUUGCUUUAGCGACGCUGGCGGCAUGCUAUGGCCACCUCAUCGUCGUAAAUCGUAUUUCGCGCACUUGCCUUUGUGUAAAUGACGUUGAAGUUGAUGUUGAAAUUUUUCAUUUAAAUAUCUUUGUUUGUGGUUCUGCGCGCACAAGCCACGUCAACAGCAGCUGUAGCAGCUGUGAUGUGCUCAGCAGCGGCGGCAGCAGUACUCCCACCAGCUGAACAACAACACCAGCAACAGCCAGUCAGUCAGUCAGCCAGCCAGCCAGCUUGUUGAGUGACGAAAAGAAAGCAAAACAAAAAUAUUGGGAAAUCAGCACUUAAUUUACUACUACCUCAGCAAAUACAGGGGCGUAUCGCGAUUGGUCGCGACUCAGGGGCGCUUCAUUUGAAUUUCAUAGCUAUCUCAUUGGAGUAUUACAAGUAUACACACGUACAUACAUACAAAUAAUAAAUAGUAUAAUAGGAAUUGGCGAAUCGUCAAGGCUUUUUUUUAGUCAUUAAUAAUUUAUAAAUAGUUUAUAUAAUUUUUUUAAAUUAAUUACAGCAAUUAAUUUAAUUUACAUUAAUUUUUUUUAUUGUAUUUUAUGCAUUUUUAUUUAACACAACUGAUAAUAAUAGCAAUGACAAGAAAACAACAAUAAAUCGUAUCGGUCUUCCCAACUUUUAGUGUAGUAAUUUGUACUUGAUGAAUUUGCAUUAUGUACAAGACAUACAAACAUAUAUUUAUAUUCAUAAAAAAAAAAAUAUUUUUACUUUAGUCGUAAAAUUAGCUGUAAAUUAUUUAUGUAUUAUUUAAGAAAGAGAAAAUUUUCUAAAAAAAAAAACAAAAAGGAAAUUGAAAAGAACCAUACCUGAAAGAAAAAGAUAUACUACAU